AAGAAGAAGCUUUGACCCGCGAACUGGUGACUUGUGUACAUCCGGGUUACGACGUUCAGGGACGCCGCCGCUUCGUUUGUCUUUAGCGCCUCUGGGGGGCAGCAGCAGCAGCAGUAGUAGAAGAAGAAGUGAAUUAACAUGUCAGAUGAGGAGGAUGCGGCUCCGGCCGUGAAGAGGACUCGUAUUUUCUAUGGGAGCUUGGAGGAGAAAGAGCGGGAGCGCCUGAGCUCUGAGAUGGUGAGCAGUGUGGCAGCAGGAGGUGAUGCGGUGAAGGCGGGGGUUGAGGCCGGAAACAUCAACAUCUCAUCAGGAGAGACUCUGGAGAUGGAGGAGCGGGUCAGCGAGCGGCAGCAAGAAGCGCUCGCUGAGUUUGAGCGACGGCGGCGAGCGCGGCAGAUCACCGUCUCCACUGAUGAUGCAGAGGUGAAGGCUGGCCUCCGGGCGCUGGGAGAGCCCAUCACGUUAUUCGGAGAGGGACCAGCUGAUCGCCGGGAGAGACUUCGAAGUGUCCUGUCAGUGGUCGGUCCUGAUGCUCUGAAGAAAUCCAGGAAAGAUGAAGAGAGAGCCAAGAGGUCACAGGAUGAGUGCCAGCAGACAUGGUAUCACGAAGGCUCCGCCUCCCUGAAGGAUGCCCGGCUCUGGUUGGCCAAAUACUCUCUGCCACGGGCAAUGAGGCGUCUGGAGGCUGCACGUUCUCAGAGGGAUGUUGCCGAGGCAACCAGGACGAUCCGGCAACAAGAGCUGCACAAGAGCCUGAGGAACCUGAACAACUUCUGCAGCCAGAUUGGGGAUGAUCGACCAAUCAGCUUCUGCCACUUCAGCCCUGACUCUAAAAUGCUGGCCACGGCCUCCUGGAGUGGUCUGUGUAAGCUGUGGUCCGUCCCCGACUGCAACCUGAUUCGUACACUGAGAGGACACAACACCAAUGUGGGCGCGGUUGUGUUCCGCCCACAGGUCGGUCUCUCUCUCGACCAGUCAGAUGUCAGUUUGGCGUCGUGUGCUGCCGACGGGUCUGUCAAGUUAUGGAACCUAGAGAGUGAUGAACCAGUGGCGGACAUUGAGGGUCACAGUGAGCGUGUGUCCCGGGUGUCAUGGCAUCCUUCUGGGAGGUUCCUGGGAACAACUUGUUACGAUAACUCAUGGCGUCUGUGGGACCUGGAGGUUCAGGAGGAAAUCCUCCAUCAGGAAGGUCACAGUAAAGGAGUCCAUGACCUGCACUUUCACCCUGAUGGAUCCCUGGCUGCUACUGGGGGACUGGAUGCGUUUGGCAGGGUAUGGGACCUGCGGACGGGACGUUGCGUUGUCUUCCUGGAGGGACACCUCAAGGAGAUUUACAGCCUACACUUCUCCCCCAAUGGGUAUCACCUGGCAACAGGAAGUGGUGAUAACACCUGCAAGGUUUGGGAGCUGCGAAACAGGAAAUGUCUGUACACAGUCCCUGCCCACCAGAACCUGCUGUCGGCUGUCCGCUUCCAACCCACAGAUGGUCACUUCCUGUUGACCGGAGCAUAUGAUAACACAGCAAAGGUUUGGAGUCACCCCGGUUGGACACCACUGAAGACGCUUGCUGGACAUGAGGGGAAGGUGAUGGGUGUGGAUGUGUCACCUGACGGGAAACUGAUUGCCACCUGCUCCUAUGACCGAACCUUCAAGCUCUGGUUGUCUGAGUGAUGUCAUCAGUGUCAUUAGUCAGAAGUCUUUUAAUUUUUUCCCUUAAAAGUGAAAAAAGUCUCUGUUUGUGGUUUCUUUUUAAAU